UGAUUGGUGCGUGAGCUGAACAACCGAAGCCGCCUAGCUCUUCGUAUCGUGCAUGUGUGUGUGUACGUUCCCCCUGAUCAAGUGGCAAGUUGGCGGUCAACGUUUCCGCCGAUAAAACCUCAGGUUGUUCAAACAGUUUCGUGCGAAUUCCUCGACCGGCCGGUCAACGCAAAAAAAAUCGACCGAAGAUCGGACACGAGCGAUAAAACCGUCCCCCGGGUCCCGGUGCCCAAUUAACGUGUCGGCCCGACUUGUGCGGCGAGGAACUCGAGGAAUUUCCCAAUUAGAAUUUUCGAUUUUCUCGAAACGAGUUCCCCGAGAGCGCACCGAGACAAAACCAGUUCUGGUCGCCGGUCGGCCGGGAUAUUUUCGUUUCGACGCCAUUUUCGACCACCGCCGCGAACGAUAAUCGAAUCAAUAUGGUGGCGAUGUCUUAAUAAUUUCGCUCAGUGACAUCGGGGUAGGUGCGUUUUUGUGAUGUGCGCGCAUCCACUGCUUACAGGAAGUGUUCGUCUGUUGUCGCACGUAGCCACGCUUAAGUUUUGUUUACAUCUGUUGUGGGAACUUUGGUACUUGCUUUCCUGUAAACAUAUCAUAGUCCUUUUGUUCGUUGACGAACCAAAGAGGAGCCGACAACAUGGAGUAAGGGAUAGCUCCACCGGACCGCCACCCAUCUGCUAUUGUAUCAGCCGUUUAAGGCUUGUUUUCACCUUGUCCCUGUUAAAUUCAAUGCGUCAAGCUGUUCGGCGACGUGGAACGAGUUCUUCAUCCCUUCGAGUUGUCUAGUAGACUCUCGAGAGUGUUCCCUGGGACUAGUCUGGCAAGUUUUCAUCAAGCCACCGGAGCGGGGUCUUCCACCGGGGUGACUUGGUGGUCGAUGAUGAACGGCAGCCUGUACGAGGAGAGCCCGCCGCCGGCGCCGCAGAGCGCCGCGACGCCCAUCAGCAACAGCGGGAUGACCAGUCCGGCGACGGUGCCGCCUCCGGCCGCCACCACGUCGGCCACGUCCAGCUCGUCGCCGGCGAGCGUCACCAGCAACAGCGGCUCCGCCGGACCCCUGCACAUUCCCGCCAAAAGGUUGACCACCGGCGGUUACGGGGAGUGUGCCGAGCCCAGCGUCAUCCGGCACUCGCACCACGGACAGCCGUGGAACUAUUCACCAUCGGACAACCACCAUGCCGGCGCCACCGCCUUCGAGCCCACGGUCGGCCUGAACCAGCACUACAACGGCCCCACGUACUAUAACCUGGCGGCCGACCCCACGGGGACGCGCGACAGCCGGAAGGCGUCCGCGUUGUCGUUCUGGUCGCCGGCGGCCACGGCGGCGACGGGCACUCCCGAGUACAAACCGGAGUACAAGUACAGCAGCGUGUCGGCCGGACCCAGCGCCGAUCCGGCCGUCUCGUCCUGCCACCAGAGCUUCUCCGGCAGCUCCUGGUGCAACUAUUCGCCGUACUCGUCGGCGUCCAGGCACCAGCUGGACGCGCACCAGCCCGUUCCGUACCUAACGCCGGCCGAUGACCGAGGACGCGUCGCCGCCGCCGCCGCCAUGGUCGAAUCGGCGUCCUUCGCCCAUGCCUACGACGGAGGCCACGGACUAAGAAACUACGGACCAGAACCAGUUCCAUCCACACCUUACCCUCCUCCAGGUAUGUGGGGUACAUCCCCAUCUCUGUUUGCUUCAGGUUCGCUAGGUUCGAUGGGAGUGAGCGUGCCGUGCGGGACCAGCACCAAUCCGCUGGAGUGGACUGGUCAGGUGACGGUGCGCAAGAAACGCAAACCCUACUCGAAAUUCCAGACGCUGGAACUGGAGAAGGAGUUCCUGUUCAACGCGUACGUGUCGAAACAGAAGCGGUGGGAGCUGGCGCGGAACCUGAACCUGACCGAGCGACAGGUGAAGAUCUGGUUCCAGAACAGACGGAUGAAGAACAAGAAGAACAGCCAGAGGCAGCAGGCGCAGACGCAGAACAACAACAAUUCGGUGACGAAUAAUCAGAAUCAUCACCAUCACGCGAGCCAUCACGUGCACUCCCAGCACCACGUGGUGAACCAUCACGUUUCCGCCAAUGGGACUUUAAAGCACCAUCAGUGACCCAUGGCAUUUUCGGGGGUCGUUUUGGGCCACCAUCACGGGCUCGCCACCUAAGCCGGCUAGUUUAUUAGUUCAUUAAGUGUCAAACGUUCUGUUCUGUAUACUUUAGAGACUUUUGUUCGGGCGCAGUACCACGGACCCGCAUCUACGGACGUUUUUCUUUGCAGUGCCAAAGAGGAUAACAUUUUAGGAUUUGUUAGGUGAAUUUUACUGGACUGAUCGAGAACUGUUUCUGUUUAUUAUUGCAUUCAUUUUGAAAUUAGGGCUUGUGCAAAUUAUUGUAUAUUUGGUGCAAAGCACGAGGUUUCAAGUCCGCACCUUUUAGGUGCUCACGACUUAAUUGUAUCUAAAAAAAAUAUUAUUGUACGUGAUGAUACAUAAUACUGCAGCAUGUAAGACUUUUUGUACAUACGUCGACUGUCAUUUUGUCUAGAUUGUAAUUCGUUGGUAUGUUAAACUGUAAUCAGUGUCGCCUGUAGUUUAAAUGUAUAGUAAAUUAUUGCAGGUAUAGAAAAGCUACACACUAUCUGCCAUAUUUUUCCUGUGUUAGUUUUAGUUAAGUUUUUAUCUUUCCAAAACUUGAUGUAUAUAAUAAAUACUUUUAGGUACCUGUAAAUCUGUGGCUUCAUGCAACUUUCCGAAUUUGUUUUCAACUAUACUUUUAGUUUCCCGUUAAAAUUGCCGCUUGGUGUUUGCCACUAAACUAUUGUAAUAUACUUGAAAAAAAAAACUUCUCUAGAAAUCCGAAUUUUAUUAUAAUAAUAAUUAUAAACAUGUACUAACCAAACCUAUAAGUACUUAGGUUGAAUGUCAUGUAUCUGUAUCAGUAUAGGAGACAAAAGUUUCCCCUUAGCUAAACGAUAAAAAAACUGUAUAUAUCUUUCAAUUUGAACAUGUUAAUUCUGAUAGAAAAAUAAUAUGUAUUUUAUUUUAUCUACCACAUGAAAUUCUUUUUUCAAAGUCGUUUAGGAUAAGUAAAUGCAAUGUUUUCCGGAUGUUAUUUCUUUAAAUGUUUCUUAUUAUUAUUUUUUUAUUUUUGGUCAGCAAGUUGCAAUUUUAUGAAAUUAUGAUCUCGCGCUGACCAACGAACAUGUUACUUAAGUAAUUAUUUUUUAUUAUUGCUUUUAAAAAUGAGUUUUAAUAUUUAUUUAUUGACUAUUGAUGAUUUUUGUGGUUUAGCACUAGAAAAUUUAUGUAAUUUUUUUUGAAAAUCAUUUUGUACCUACAUAUUUUAUUAUACCUUUGUAUUUUUACUUGUUGUGUUCAAAAUACAUAUUGUUGUGUUUAUGUAUGUAUAUGUAUACACAUAAAUAUUAUUAAGUAUCCCAUA